UUCCAGUUUCCAGUUCCCAAUUCAAUUCUUUCUCCACCCGCCGGAAUUCAGACUUUCAGACAGGCGAGCGAGGCGGCGAGUGGGGAGUAAUGGCGAUUAAAACCGGCAACGAACCGAAGAAGAUGAACAAGGGAAGCAAAUUGAGGGAGCUGGUAAAGGCCUCCGGGCGGCUACUCUCGAGGGUCCGUGACUUCUACAUCCGUAGCCUGACGGAGUGCUCGAACCACCUGGACUACGGCAUGGCGCUGACCGGGCCCGCCGGUCAGCUCCCUACUCAUCUGCCCAAGAGUUACAGCGUGGGGUCCACCGCUUCCAGCCAUGGUGGCGACGACUACAGCGAACUUCUGAGGGCCGCCUCCACCAGAAGCCUCAGCAAGAAGAUCGAACCGGACCUUCAAGCCGCGAGGAAAUCGCCGAUGGCCGGACCCAACAACGUGCCGAGGAGCCAAAGCGUGGGGAUUGGAAGAAUAGACGAAGAGAAGACGUACGAGUUCGAAGAGGAUUUCAAGCCGAGUAAUUCCGAUGCGUACCCGAGGAGCAGAAGCUACGCUGUUCAUAGAAGAAGAUCGCGGGCCUAUUAA